UUAAAAAUUUCACUUUAGUUGUCCUUAAUCAGUAGUCUAGUGCAGACACAAUUAUGUUUGUUUACGGCCUCGUGUUAAUACUCGCCGCGGCUUCGGCGCAGGAGAUAUCCACUGUGAACGGGAAGGUGAAGAUCACCACCGUGACCACCGCCGGCUGUGGGGACACCGUCAACUUCAUCACCCGCCAGCUGAACCCAGUCUACGAAGAGUUCAAGGACCACUUGAUCCUGGACUUCGUGCCGUGGGGCCGCACUCAGAGGCUCGCUGAUGGGAACCUCAGAUGCCAGUUCGGCACCCGCGACUGCUGGGCCAACCGCGUGCACAGGUGCACCCUGGAGCUGCUGAAGGACAACCAGGAUGCGCAGAUGAGCUAUAUGAACUGCGAGUUCGAUGGCCCGAGGCCUGCUUAUCUGCUCGGUAGUUACACUUGUGCUGCCGCGGCUGGCGUCAGCUUGGUUGACCUGGACGUGUGUGUGGCGACAGAAGCUGGUGAUCGAUUGGAUGCGGCGAACGAGGCGGCAUCCGCUGAGCCUAUGAGGGUCAUCGACUUCGUGCCAGCCAUAGUCUUCAACGACAACAUUGAUCUGCCCAAUCACAAUUUGGCUAGGAGGUCACUGAGGAGCAUGGUCUGCUUCGCGCUCGCCGGUGACGCUAGCACUGGCGUCACCAACUGUGGGCUUUAAUUGGUGGAAAUACAUGUUUUAGUUUUAUUGCUAACGGAAAAGAUACACACUAGUUUCAAUUUAAAGUACUAGUGAUAAGUAAAUAGAUACUCGAUCAAGGUUACAGGUGCUGUCGCGUUUGUAUUUUAAAAGAAUUACUUAUACGCAAGUGAUUGUUCUGUUUUGAUACUUUGCAAUAAAUAUUUGAAUAUU